AUGAAGUUCUCUCUUUCAGUGGCCUUGUCCCUCGCUGCCGUUGCUCUGGCCAAGACCUUCUACGAGACAAACACUCAUUUCAUUACCGUUGAUGCUGACGGCAACAUCGUUGGCGGCCAGCCUCCAGCCUCUUCUGCUGAAGCUGACGCUGAACCUUCUCCUCAAGCCAACAACCAGUUCCAACAGGAGCCUCAGGUGACCCAGGCUUUUGUCACAUCGUCGGGCUUGGGCUCCACCACCUCCAGCCCCCCAGCUCAGUCCCCUUCUUCGUCAUCCUCGGCUCCUUCUUCUUCUGCCGGCGGUGACAAUGUGUCUGGCUUCGACAAGCAAAUCUUGGAUGCCCACAACUCCAAGAGAGCCAAGCACUCUGCUCCUGCGUUGUCUUGGUCCGACGAACUCGCCAGCUACGCCCAGAACAUGGCUGACAAGUACACGUGUGGGUCUAGCUUGCAGCACUCUGGCGGCAAGUACGGUGAGAACUUGGCUGUUGGCUAUGACGGUGCCGAAGGCACUGUCAAGGCAUGGUAUGACGAAGGCUCGAACUACGACUACUCAAGCGCGUCUUCUUUCAACCACUUCACCCAGGUGAUCUGGAAGGGCUCCAAGCAGUUGGGCUGUGCCCAGAAGCAGUGUGACAAUGGCGGGCCAUACGUUGUUUGUGAGUACUAUCCGGCAGGAAACAUGAUUGGGCAGGGCGAGCAGAACCUUGCGGCUAACUAG